AUGACAGAAAUCACGCAAGAUGUGCUUUCUCCUUUGGAGAAUGUUUUAAUCUCCAAAAAGAAAAUAAGGGAAUCUCUUACCCGCAGAGAGGAUGGAUUAGCUUGCCUUUAUAAGGUAGGUUCGCAAGUCACACUCCCUUUAACAUUCAUUGGAGCACUACAUGACCCUGACCGAAAUGAAGGCACGACUAAUGGACUGCCGAAAACGAUUCUCGUCCAUUCGCCAGGUCUCUCAGGGGCCUUUCAUGUCCACUUAAAUGAUCUUUUGUCAUGUCGUGGACAGUUUACUACGGAUAAGCAUACCACAUCGGGAGAAUCCCAGCAGCUAGGUUUUCUAUGCUUGAUGGAAGUGCUUCAGGCCUCCUUGCGGCACCAGGGACCGCUUAAAGCGUCUGACAUUAUGGAACAAGUAUACCUAAAAGGAAGGCGUCGUCAUUUUUCAGCGCAGGGCACUAUCCAUCUCCUGAGACGAGGAGACCAGAUCAACCCGGACGCGCUGAGGCUUGAUUUUCCCUACCACACCGGCGGCACCCACGCGCUCAAGCGUUACAUGGACAUCACCAACAAGGCUUGUCAGCACUUCUGUGGGCAUGCGGCUCAUGGGAUCAAGGUGCUGAGCCGCUACGGCUCCGCGGUGAGUGUGGGGGUUGCACCUAACGCGGUGCUGGGGACGCCGUGCCUGUACUGGCAUCCUUACGGGGCCCAGGCCGCGUGCGUCGCGCCCGCCCUCCACGGCUGCCGUCUCUUGCCAGUUGGCAAGGUCAGACUGCAGCUGAAUGGACCAACGUCCUCCUGUGAGGUCCUCCACAAGGAAGACAUUCGACGAUACAUGAACCCAAAUGUUGAAGGCCUUUAUGAUUCGAGUCUGUGGCUUUGUGAAGGUCUUUUUGGAGUGCGCCCAGGACAGCCGUGGCGCGAGAAUAAGUUCACCUGUGUAUUAGGUGUCGGCUUUAAUGAGACUGAGGGGGAAUUUGAGUUAUUAUUGAAGGAAACACAAUCUGAUACCGUGUUUUUUGCCGAUGAUUUGGAGCUUAACCCUUGA